GCAUCGGCCACCCACAGGGCAUUUGCUGCCGUGGUGACAGAGUUGUCGUGGCCGCAACCAUUGUGCAGGGGCUCAGCGAUAUUUCCUGUAGCGACUUUCAGCUUCACUUCGUCAGGGGCGACGGGCAGCAAGGCAGCCUCAGCCUGCCUGCUGUGCGUCUCCCUCCGCGCGGGCAGUUGCGAAAGAUCGUUGGCAAGGCACUGAUCGACGAUGCCUCGACGUACCUUCGGCCGCAAUUGUCGGCGCAGGAGCGGCAACGGCAAGAACAGAUCAUCGUUGAUCUAGGCGUUGACUUUCAGUUGGCAACCCGCUACACGUCCUUCAUUGCAAUCAGCUCUACACAG